GCCUGGAUGAGGGGGAGGGGAGCAGGUUUCUGGCUGGCAGGGAAGUUUCGCUCCCGGGUGUCCGGGCCACUGGAUCUGUGUGGAGUUCUAAUCCCGUGAGACACCUGUAGCCGAGGAGGACUACAAGUCUCAGGAAGCCAUGACUCGGCAGGUGCGGCUGCUGCUGCUGCUUUGGCUGUGGUCCAGUCUGUACACAGGAUGCCUGUCUCUACAGGUCACAGUCCAAGACACGGAGCGAUACACAAUGCUAUUCUCCACCAUCAUCCUCAAGUGUGAUUACAGCACGUCUGCGCAGGUCCAGGACGUGACCAUCAAGUGGGUCUACAAGUCUUUCUGCAAAGACCCCAUCUUUGACUACUACUCUGCAGCGUAUCAGGCAGCAUUAAGCCUGAGUCAAGAUCCGGCCAACGACUGUAACGACAACCAGCGGGAAGUGCGCGUCGUCAUCCAGAAACGCGGGCAGAAUGAAGCGAUACUGGGCAUGGACUACAGGCAGCGGAAGAUCACCAUCCAGAACAAAGCCGACCUGGUGAUCAGUGAAGUCAUGUGGUGGGAUCAUGGCGUCUAUUACUGCACAGUGGAGGCUCAGGGAGACACGUCCGGAGACCCCGAUAAGGAAGUCAAGCUGAUCGUCCUACAUUGGCUCACCGUUCUGUUCAUCGUUCUGGGGGGGUUAUUACUUAUCCUCUUCCUUGCGAUCUGCUGCUGCCAGUGUUGUCCGCAGUGCUGCUGCUGCUACGUCCGCUGCCCGUGUUGUCCAACCAAAUGCUGCUGCCCGGAAGAAGCCAUUGCUCGACACCAAUAUAUGAAGGAAGCCCAGGCCCUUGUCCCAUGGAUGAUGGAGAAACAGUUCUACGCCGGAGCCGACCGCAACUCUCAGCAUUCGUCUUAUCAGCUCAACCCUUUACUCCAGAGAGACUUCUCCCAGCAAAACAGCCUUCCCAUGGCCAGGCAGCCGAGCCAUUCUCCCCCCAACAACCACAUGCUGGAUUUUCUGGAGAGUGAAAUAAAAAAUUUAAACCCAGCACAACCUCUAACAGGGGGCGGCCAUUACAGCGGAGCCAGCCAUCACCCCAGCAUGCUUUCUUCCCUCAGUGAGAUGGGGGUCGGGGUACGAGAAGUAGAACGUAGAAUUAUUCAGCUCCCUCCCAUUGUGGAGCAUGUCGUCAACUCUCACAGGAGCAGUAACUCCUCCCAGCAUCGAAGGCACCAUUCAUGGGAUCAGCUAGAGGGUGAUCGGAGGAGGAACCUGGACAACUCGUACUCUCCCGACAGCGACCGGCGAGACAGGCAGAGAAGCGACAGGUCUCAAGGGUACAGGAGGGAUCUCCAAGGUGAGGGAAGGCCAAGGAGAGACCUCUCACCGAUUCGUAGACGUGAGCAAACCAACCAUGGCGAUGACUACGAUGACCAUCGAGGUCGUACCAACUACAGCUCUGAUAGGCAAAGGUCACCUGAGAGAUCCAGGAGGAGAGGGAGUCCCGAACGUUUCUCUCGUCGAAGGAGGAGUCAUUCUCCACCAAGCGAACGCAACUCAUGGAGUUCUGACGACGAAAGUCACUACAGAGACAGAAGAGAAAGACGUCCAAAGUCGUAUGAGUGGCCCGAGGACAGACCGCCCAGCUACAAAUCACUGGAUGUCACCGUAGGGAAGAGCAAAAACCCGCGAAGUGCUGCCGCCAGACAGUCGGAUCGCGGCAGUUCCAGGAGCGGAAGGAGCAUGGUCAUCUAACGGAGAAGCCUCAUUGUAUAGAUAUAGACUGGGCAUGGUGGUGGCAUCAUUACCCUAAUCCCCAGUCAGACCCAAGCAGCAUGUAGUGCGGGCACCUCAACUACCAGAGACAUUACUUACCUACGGUGCCCUCGGAGGAUCCAAUGUGAAGGCCGCCUCUGUCUGGCAAUAAUCAGGACACUUUCCUUUUCUAGUAAUAUUCACCAUUCUCUUGCACGCUGCAGUGGGCAGAGAGGGCACCAUAUGGACUAUAUACAGUGCCAGAUCCUCGUGUCACCCGCUGCUCUGUAGACAGACAUUUAGAGGGUGCGUAAACCGUGCGUCUUCCAGCUUGACAUCAAGACUGCAAUUGUACUGUCCUUUUACUCUGUGCCUUGUACUGCGUCCUUUCCAUGUGCCCCACCAUACCAUAUGUGCACAGUGACUCCACCAGCAGAAUAGUGAAUGCAGCUCCGGAGUAUAAUACAGACUGUAACUCAGGACUAGUACAGGAUAAGUAAUGUAUGUACAC